GAGAGAGACAGCCCAGCUUGAGAGAGGCAAAGCAAAUCUGGAUCUGGUUUCCUGGAAACCUCAGUCAAUACGCUGUCAAAAUGGAUUUCUCGACAAUUACUCCUUCAGUCUUCCCAACAACAGACUUUACUUCCCUUGGAAACAACAGCAGUAACACCAGUGAGUGUCCUGACCCAGAGGCAUGGGGCUGGCUUACAGCUAUGCAGCCUGCAUUCAUGUUUACUAUUUGUGUGCUCGGCGUCAUUGAAAAUUUGUUUGUUCUGGCCGUCUUCUGCCUCCAUAAGAAAGCCUGCAGUGUAGCUGAGAUCUACCUGGGAAGCCUUGCCGCAGCUGAUCUCCUCUUCGUCUCCACGCUGCCUUUCUGGGCCAUUAAUAUAAUCAAUGACUUUGAAUGGCCAUUCGGCUCUCUCAUGUGUCGAUUGGUCAAUGCAGGCAUUAAGAUGAACAUGUACUGCAGUAUCUACUUCUUAGUGCUUGUGAGCGCUGAUCGCUAUGUGGCUUUGGUUCACACCAUGUCCCACGGGAGAAUGAGGAGACCCAAGUAUGCCAAGCUCAGUUGCUUAGCUGUUUGGAGUCUUGGGAUUCUCUUAAGCAUCCCAACGCUCCACUUCCGAUCCGUGAAGUACUUCCCCCAGUUCAGCGUAACAGCCUGCAUAUUGGAUUAUCCCAGUCCCACCGUGCGUAUUGCCUGUGACAUACUCCUCACUCUACUAGGAUUCAUCUUACCCGUAUCCAUCAUCUUCUACUGUACUUGGAAGAUCAUCCGUGCCUUAGGGGAUCAGCUGAUGGACAAGUUCAAUGUGGAGAACUCCGAGAGGAAGGCCACAGUGCUGAUUUUGGCUGUGCUGGUAGCUUUUCUAUUCUGCUGGGUUCCCUUCCACUUGGUGACCUUCCUCCACAUUCUUGUCGAGUUGGGGGCCCUCAGCGGGUGUGAUCUUGAAAAUAGCUUGGAUAUUUGUAACCAGAUAUUUACAUAUCUGGCUUUUAGCAACAGUGUGCUGAAUCCAAUCCUCUAUGUAAUUGUUGGGAAGAAUUUCAGAAAGAAAGUGAAAGAGUUACUCGUGCAAAUUACACAAACGAAGAAGACACGGGGCAGUUUGACACAAUCACAGACUUCAUCAACAUUAAAGACUUAUAUGUGAGACAGAGAAACACCAAGCUA